AUGAAAGCAGCUACAAUUGCAGCUAUCUCACGGUCAGUCGAGGCACCCGAUCACACUCUGUUCAAUCGAUACUCGUCACUGACGAGGCUUAUCCGCAUCGCUGCUUAUUGUCGCCGUUUUGUGCGGCAUUGUCGUGCCAAGUUAACUAGAAUAGAUCUGCAAGUUACACCGUUCCUUACCGCCGAGGAACUGCAUCAGGCGCUCAUCGGCCUCGUGAAGGUCGUGCAAGAUGAGUGCUUCAGCCACGAAAUUGCUAUUGUUCGGGCUGGAACUGAAGCAGAUCUAAGAAAAUCACCACUCAAAACUCUCCAUCCGUUCAUCCAUGAUGAAUUACUCCUUGUCGGUGGCCGGCUAAACCACUCCUCGUACUCGUUUACACGUAAGCAUCCGAUACUCCUGCCUGAAGUGCACCCACUAACGUCACUGCUCAUCGAUUCGGUGCACAAGCAACUCCUACACGCUGGUCCUCGCGCGAUGAUCGCACACAUUCGUGAGCAAUUCUGGCCUCUACACCUUCGUAACUUGGUACGGAGGCAUGUCAACACUUGCUUGCGUUGUUAUCGCGUCCGACCGCAGUCGGAAUGUCAGCUGAUGGGCCAACUCCCGAAAGUUCGAGUAACACCAGCUAGAGCCUUCCUCAACACCGGUGUCGAUUAUUGCGGCCCUGUUUGGCUCAAGUCUCCAGUAAGAAGAGCUGCGCCGAUUCGAACCUACGUCUCCGUCUUCGUAUGCAUGGUCACUAAAGCCGUGCAUCUUGAACUUGUCAGCGAUCUCAGCACCGAUGCUUUCAUUGCUGCAUUGAAACGGUUUGUUGCUCGCCGUGGUAAACCAAUCGCAUUGUUUUGCGACAACGCCACCAACUUCAAAGGUGCAGACAAGCAACUACGAGAGCUCUGUUCGCAGCUCAACCACCAGCAAGUGGCAUCGUUCUGUGCUGAAUCCGCCAUCCAGUUCAAUUUCAUUCCUGCAAACGCACCAACGUUCGGCGGCCUUUGGGAGGCCGCAGUCAAAUCCAUGAAGCACCACUUCCGGAGAGUCGUGGGUCUAGAAGCACUGCCAAGCGAAGCCAUGCACACUGUUCUCUGCCAAAUCGAAAGCUGCCUCAAUUCGCGGCCGCUCACUGCAGUCUCGGAGGAUCCAAGCGACAUGGACUUUCUCACUCCGGGACACUUUCUUGUUGGGUCGGCUCUGCAAUCGAUCCCCGAGCCCGGCCUGUCUCAAAUCCCAAAGAAUCGGCUAUCGCUCUGGCAGGAAAUCCAACGGAGAACCCAGGCGUUCUGGAAAUCGUGGUCUACGGACUAUCUCCACCAGCUUCAGCAACGAUCGAAGUAUUUCUUCCGACAGCCGAACGUUCUAGUCGGUAAGCUGGUACUCCUGAAGGACGACAAUCUUCCCCCGCUCAGGUGGAGCGUGGGCCGCAUUGCAGCUGUACAUCCCGGUGCGGACGGAAUAGUCCGUGUAAUUGAUGUCAGGCUUGCAUCCGGUGCUGUACUAGACCGACCAAUUGUGAAGGUGUGCCUCCUCCCAAUCGAUGAUGACUCUCGUUCCGCCUCCAUUACUGGCGAAAUAUCUGACCCCCAGGCCAGCAACACUGAUCCUGCUAUCAUCAACCAUAGAUCUUAA